UGAGGCAACUUUCGCAGUAAGUUUGAGAGCUCCUCCUCUUUACGCGCUGUCCUCAAGCUUAUAUGUGCGGGAUAGUAAAGCAGACUCUUUACUGUUCUAGUUCGGCACUGUGGGAGAAGACUUAACAACAAAAACACGCAACUAGGAACUCAGCCUUCCUUCUCCGAGUUUCAGACCACAUCUGAGACUAACAUUUUUUUUUUUUUUGUAUUAUUCCGUAUCUCUUGCACAAUCCCAGAGCCAGUGACAAACUAUAAGCCUUUGCAUCCAAAGGAUCCAGGUCGGUCUUCAAAUGAGAGAUCAUCUGCGACUAUCUUCUUCCGAAGAAACAGAAAUGUCUGCAACCAUCCUAUCCACUUUCUACGACAUCGACAUGCUGUACAAGGAGAAGAGCCUCAACAUGAACGCCAUUCACAUUAACAGCAUGCUGGAUAAGAAAGCAGUCGGGGCCCCGGUAACAACCUCCAGCAGCAGCAGUUGCACCAACAACUGCAACUCGUACGCGUCAGGAUUCUUCCGUCGAAACUCCGCCAGCAACAUGGAGUCCAUGACGAACGGCAACAAGUACCCCGCCAGUUCUUACAGCAACAUGAAGGAGAACGCCAUAAUGAAUAAGGAGAACAAGUUUCGCGACCGCGCCUACAGCGAGAACGGCGAGCGCAGCCAGCAACAGCUGCAAGUCCUGCAGCAGAAACCGGGCUCGCAGAUCAACUCCACCCGCUACAAGACGGAGCUCUGCAGGCCAUUCGAGGAAAACGGCGCGUGUAAAUACGGCGAAAAGUGUCAGUUCGCGCACGGCUACCACGAGCUGAGAAGCCUGUCUCGCCACCCAAAAUACAAAACCGAGCCCUGUCGCACUUUCCACACCAUCGGCUUCUGUCCGUAUGGCCCGCGCUGCCACUUCAUCCAUAAUGCCGACGAACGCAGACCAGCGCCCACCAACACCAACAGCAUGCAUGUAGAGUCCACCAAGCCCGCCAGGGGAGAGCCGGUGUGCGGCUACGGGCAGCACCAGCAGGCGGCGGGAGCCUUCAGGGACCGACCAAAACUCCACCACAGCCUUAGCUUCUCGGGUUUCUCCAGCCACCACGAACUCGACUCGCCCCUUCUCGAAAGCCCCACGUCCCGCACUCCCCCACCGCCUUCUUCCAAUAGUUCCCCCAGCGCCACUAACUUCUACGAAGACGUUCUCUCGUCGAGUCGUUGCCUUGGGAACAGUGCCUUCUCUUUCCCCGGCCAAGACCUCAAAACCCUGCUCGCGCCGCUGGCCGUGCACACGCACAACGGUUACUAUGGGAACCUUCAGGUCAACAUGGGCGACGGCCUCGGCCACUUGCAGUCCCUCCACCGCCUGUCGGAGUCGCCGGUGUUCGACUCGCCCCCCAGCCCGCCUGACAGCAUCUCGGACCGGGAGAGCUACGCUAGCGGCUCGCUCAGCUCCUCUGGAAGUCUCAGCGGCUCUGAGUCUCCCAGUCUGGACGGCGGGAGACGUUUGCCAAUCUUCAGCAGGCUGUCGAUUUCCGAUGAUUAAUCCGCUUUUAUAGUGAAUUGUGGUGGAUUUUUUCUCUCUCUCGCGACCCUCCCGAUAGAUAUGCAAUUCAGCAAAAGACUUUAAUAUCGAGGGAGAUGGAUUUGUUUGUCAGACGGUUGACAUGGCAUUAGUCUGUAUGAACUGCUUGAAGGCAUUCCACCGGUGCAGUUUGUUGCAUUCUCUUGGUCUUUUUGGACCAACUACUUUCCAGAUUUGUACAAAAGACUUGUUUUUGAACGUGAAAGACAGAGCGGUUUCAGAUUUUCCUUCUUCCUUGCCAAGAAUAUGCCUUGACAAAAAGUAUACUAGUUUUGAAAGUAUGUACUUCCAUUCCAAAAGUUUAUCCAGUUUCGCGGCGCCACCCAGUGGUUUGGUUGGUUUGUGCAGUUUGAAACUUUCGUUUGGCUUGUUGGGAAAUCACUGCUGAUGGUUGAAUAUAUCUAUUUUUUUUUUUUAGCUGAUUUGUGUGAUUUACAUAGCAGUGCAUAACUGGCUAUGAACUAUUUAACUUAUUUAUUUUAUCUUGUGAAAAGUAUAGGCUACAUUGUUAAUUGUGUCCAUACUGUAUUUAUCGAGUAUGAUGAAGCAAUAGAUCUAUAUUCUUUUAUGUUUAAAUUAAGAUCGCCAUUAUUAAUCUACAUAAAGUGGAGUGUAUGUUCUUUUCACAGUAAUAUAUAUUUUUGUUUGGUCUCUUUUUUUUUUUUUUUUUUUUUUUUUUUUUUUUUUUUUUUUUUGUAACUUCUUUAUUUUAUUGUAAAUGAGUAAAAAAAAAAAAAUCUUAAUUUAAGAGAUUGUAUGUGAUAUUUAUUUCAUUCAUUUUGUUUCCUUGUUUACGUUCAUUAAAAAAAAAAGUUUGUGUGAUUUGCUUGUUUGUUGGGAUGUUACUUUUCGGAAGGGUUUGUUUGUUUUUGUUUUGGAGAAUCGUUAGACGUGUCCCUUUUAGGUAGGUAUGUACGUAGAAUGUAUAAACUGUUUGGACCGUCCAAACGUGUACUAGCCUUAGAUUUUCAUUAAAAUCAGAUUUCAAAGAUCCCAAGUACAUUGGUUAACCAAAAAGUAUUUUUUUUUUUAAUUUUAUAUAUAUAAUUAUACACACAUACAUAUACACGUGUAUGUAAAAUGCACGACAGCCAUGUGCGUGAGAAUGUAGCAGUCAAGUGCCCCAGUAUUACUGCCUAGUGCCUGUGGGGAUUCACCAUCUUACAUUGCCUUAUGAUUAACCAAAUAAAGUAUUUUCAUACAUGUUAUUGUUUUACAACAAGAGGAAAUGAAUGUAGUUUGUAAUUUAUAUUUCUUGGAAGGUUGUUACCACUUAUCAAAGGAGAGAAAUAGAGGCUUAGAGCAACAAUCUGAGUUGUAUUUUUAUUUUUUAUUUUCCCUAUUACUCCCUGUUCCUUGCAUUGUUUUGCCUUUUUGUUUGUUCUUUUGCUUUCCUACGAUAUGGUAAUGGUCUGACUCUUCCAAACUUGCUGGACGGGGAAGAGUUUGAACACAUUUAGUUUGUACAUAGUAGGUACAGGGGAUUCGCACUAUGUACCUUUUUUGACUACUUUAUCAGAAGUAAAGCUUUUUGAAUGUAAUAAAAAAAAAAGACAAAAAGAACAGGAUUUGUAACAUUUGUUUUUGGGGCGUCAGUUCACUACAAAUUGCGUGUGAGACUGUUAACUUUGUACUGUACAUUUUUGUAGUUCUCCCAAUAAAAUAAUUUUGGAAAAAAAAC